AUGGAUUCUUCAAAAGUCAUUUGUAAAGACAGGAUUCUGCCUUCUCGUUUGGAUAUUGUUGACCUCAAUUCUCCCACUGUACAGAAAGUAGUAGAUAUCUUCCUCAACCUAGUUAGUUCCUGUGCAGGACCCUCUGGGAAAAUCCAUGUAUUACGCAACAACUGUGGCGGUCAUGUGACCUUCACCUCCACAUGUGUGCGUCUGCUGUCAUCAUUAUCCAUGACUCGGCCAGAAAUGAGGUUGAUUUUGGCAGCCGUCCAAUCACAUUUGAAGCAGCACAAAGACUGUGGGCUGUUUAUGUCUUGCCUGUGUCUCCAUAUAAUUAAAUUAUCCCUCGUAGCAGACAGACUUUUCCACAGUCAGGCUUCAUUGUUAGAGAAUUAUGUUCGCAUUAUUAUUGAUUAUUUGCAGUCGGUUGAUUGUACGAUUUCCCUGAAAGCAGACUUUUCUAAUGUGUAUGUUCUAAUAGCGUAUGUGAGAAGCAUUCUAAAAUCGAAACGUAUUUUGAAUUUAACUAAUUCUGAAAACACUAGACUGAGUGAAGUUGUUGUAAAGACAUUUGUUGAAUCCAUUCCAACGCAGAAUUUGAGUAGAAAGAGUCGACAUUCAGACGGAGUUUAUAUUCUGGGCACUGAAAACUCAGAUAUCUGUGAGAGUCGCUUAGAACAUGGGCUACUGUUAGACUUUGCUGAAAUACCAGUUGUAGGAGGUUCUGUAGACUUAACCUUGAAAGUGAGGUCAGUAACCUGUGAGGGGAGUAGGGGUGGCUGUGGUAUUAGAGUAGCCUUGUUCACUUGCUCAAUGUCUGGAGACGUGGAGGAGGUUGUUGAUGCAGUGUUUGAGGUGACCCAAAACCAGUCUGAUUCCUUGGAAAGUUGCGUGCUGGACAAAAUGCUGGAGUUGUGUGACAGCCUGGAUAGAUGCAACGUUGGGUUGGUGCUGUGCCAAAAGGUGAUUCAUCCCAAGGUGAAGGCUGUGCUCAAGGCCAAGAGUAUCCUGUUUGUCGAUAGACUGGGACUACAGAAGAUACCUUAUUUGCAAGAUUUGACAGGUGCACAGCCCAUUGCGUCAGUGCUGGCAUCAUCUGACGUGGGAGCCUACCUGGGUUGGGUAGAUUCUGUGAGCCAUGUUGUCGUGAAUCACAAGGGCUAUCUGCAUGUGACCAGGACAUCAGCUUGUGUGGUGACCUGCAUCCUGUGUGCUUCUUGGGAGGACAGACUUGCUGAGCUGAAGUGCUGUGUGCAGACAUGUUUGCAAGGCCUAUACUCAUUGUCCAAGGAACCACGGCUGCUGGCAGGAGGUGGAUGUUGGCAGGCUCAUUGUUCCUACAUGCUCAGAGAUCAGGUAUUAAAGGAUUUACCAAUGCUGGCUAAGGAGAUGGAAUGUACAGACACCCAAGUUCUCCUAUCGUUGGCAGUUUUUCGAUCCAGCCUCCAUCGCUGGGUCAGAUCCCUCGCUCGUGACACAGAGAAUGUACUUGUAGACUUAGCUUCUCUUCACUGCUGGAGAGUUCCAAGAGGAAGGGAAACUACUACUGCUGGUAUUGAAACAACACAGUGCUGUUGUGGCCUUAAAUUAGCCCCUGUUAACAGUCUGCCAGAUUUCCAUAUUCUUCCUGAGUGGGAACAGAUAUCAGCCUUCCUGGCUUCAGGUGCUGACACAAAGAGAAGUUUGGUUACGGAAAAUCCACACUUGACAAAUGUUGUGUUGGAUAACUUCCCUGCAGCUGUGCAGGCUCUGGAGAGAGGGGUCUCUACUGCAAACAUGAUCUUGUCUGUUGGUUUGGUCAUCACUGACACACAUUAG